ACUCACGGAGAAGUUGCUGAUGACGCCAUUGACCUCUGUGGGGGCCGGCAGGCUGAUGGACUGGGAAGGAGCGGCAGCAGGAGGGGCAGAGUGGAUGGUGGUCAGCUGUUCAGCCUGGGGAAGUGCGAGGUCUGAAAACACCACCGACUCGAAGCUCAGUGACUUGAGCGAGCCCUCAGUGACUUGAGCGAGCCCUCGGCCGACGUGUUUCCCGGCCCCUCCCUGUCGCGCGCUGCCUGCCGUCCCAACGCAUGACCCACCACCAUCGCAAUGACGUUGCCAAAGCACCAUCCUGUUGCGAAAUAAUGCCAACCAUCUGCUAAGCCAUCUAUUCCGGCAGGUGUGGCCGGAGAGCGAUGGAUGAGACACUUGAGGUUGAUCAUCUGUUUCCCGAGCUCGUAUGCCGUCUUUGACGUCAUGUCCUGCCAGAAACUCCGCCGUUGUGAGUUGCUGCAGUCGAUGACGAGCUCGGUGUGGUGCUGCAGGACGGCUCCGCUGAGGGGGGAGGGCAGGCGCGGCUUGAGGCACCACACGGGAUUCACCAACGCAUACACACCGAUGUGCAGCUCCCGAGGCUGCACACAAGGAUAAAAGAUGCAAAGGAAUGGAAUUCAAUGCAGCCAUCUCUUGUCAAUGCAUUCUUACCAUUUGGAUGCCCGACCAGCCCUGCAUCCGAAUGGCCUGUCGUUCAGCAUCAAACCAACAGCAAACAGAAGAGGUCGCACACCCGUGCAACCAUUGGAUGAUGUUGCUUGUGAUCAUUACCUUGACUGCCGCAACAGCCUCAUUAUCAGCCGCACCGCCACCAGGGGCAUCAUCGCCAUCAGCAGACGGUGAAUUGGCUUCAGCGUGGCCUUCAGCGUGGCCACCACUACCUGCAGAAAUGAGAUGCAUCAGCAACAGCCGAAGAAUGCACCAUCAAUGGCCCUCAGUACCUGGCUGCCGGGCGACUGGCCGCCAGAUCUGCCGCUUGCGAGCCAUGCUUGAGCGUCAAUAGGGAUAUCUACCACCCGGCCUACCCAUCGUGAAAAACGGCGGCGGAACGGCGAGGGAUUCUGCGAGCUCUCGGCCAGGAAAGCAUAGCAAGAAAGACAAACGACGAAGCAGGGUGGACCUCUCGCAGCACCGGCAACCUCCUGCUUUUCGCGUAUCUGCUCGAAUCUUCGGGUCAUCGCUCUCCAGGUGAGGCAACGAGCAGCAAACGAGAGGGUGAUCUGCCCAGGAGAAGAAGCAGCAGCAUGAUCAUUCAAUGAAGCAUCAGUAGCAAU